UUUCAGCCGCCGCUUGCAGACACUUUUAAUGGCACCGAGAAUCCCAGAGUUCACCGCGCAUCAGAAUUCGCCUCAGGAGAGGCAACGAUCAAAUGCGCAGGCGCAGGCAGCGCAGCCGGCACCGCAUGUCGCGCAUGCGCUCGGUGGACAAAAGACCGUGGCGCAUCGACGGCAGAAAUUACAGCCAUUGCUGCUCUGUCAUAAUCACGUAACGCUUACGCGACCAGCUGGUGUAUGUCUAAGGGAAGAUUCGUCCACCCGCCAAACCGCGCCUCCAGUAUACGUGGAUGCUGUGAAAUACACACUAAUACAAACUCGCACACCAGGUUGGAGACAGCAAAGAAUUGGUCUCCUGGAAUCUCAAACAAAACAACAAGGGAUUCAUUCACUUGGUGAGAUCUGCAGACACCUCAGUGCGGAGGGAGGCCCUAACACCUGCUUUGUGUGAGAGAAGGGAUUUACCAACUCAGCGAACCGCAGACACACCACUUAGUUCUCAUUGUGGAGAGCUGAUUCAUCUGCUCUGUGUCUGGAACAGGAUUCACGCACUCAGCCAAACCGCAGGUCUACCGGUGAAUUUACACUGGGGAGAAGCCAUUCGCCAUGUGUGGGAGGGAUCUGUUCAGUCAUCCAGCCUGAAGAUACAUCAGUAGUUGACUCCAUACCGAGAGGUUCACCUGUUCUGACUCCAGGAAGCAAUUCAUUCUGUCAUCCAAGCUGAAGCUCCAUCAGGAAAUUCUCACGGGUGAGAGGCCUUUCAUCAGUUCAGUGUCUUGGAAGACAUUCACUCACUCAGCCCACCCACAGACGCACUAGUGAAUUCACAAGGAAGACGGACCAUUCAAAUUUCCUGUGUGUGGGAAGAGAUUCACUCAGUCAUCUGAUCCACUGACAAACGAGUGGGUUUACACUGGGCAGAGGACAUACGUCUGCCCAGACUGUGGGAAGGGAUUCACUCACUCAUCCAACCUCCAGAUACACCAAACAGUGCACACUGGGGAGAUGUCGUUCACCUGCUCAGACUGUGGGAAGGGAUUCACUCAGUCAUCUUAUCUACUGAAACACCAGUUAGUUCACACUGGAGAGAAACCAUUCACCUGUUCAGACUGUGGGAAGCGAUUCACUCGGUCAUUUCAUCUGAAGCUCCACCAGUCCGUUCACACAGGAGUGAGGCCUUUCACCUGCUCUGAAUGUGGGAAGGGAUUCACUCGGCCAUCCUACCUACAUUUACACCAGCGAGUUCACACUGGGGAGAGGCCGUUCACCUGCUCAGACUGUGGGAAGGGAUUCACUCGGUCAUCUUCCCUAUUGGAACACCAGCAAGUUCACACUGGGGACAGGUUAUACACCUGCUCCGACUGUGGGAAGGGAUACACACAGUUAUGCAACCUACAAAGACACCGGUUAGUUCACACGGGGGAGAGGCCAUUCAUCUGCUCAGACUGUGGGAAGGGAUUCAUUCAGUCAUGCCAACUGAAGGAUCAUCUGCGAAUCCACACUGGAGAGAUGCUAUUUACUUGCUCUGAAUGUGGGAAGGGGUUCAAUCGGCCUUCCCACCUGCACACACACCAGCGAGUUCACACUGGGGAGAAACCAUUCACCUGCUCACUUUGUGGGAAGGGAUUCGCUGAAGCAUCUCCACUGAAGCGACACCAGCGAGUUCACACUGGGGAGAAGCCAUUCACCUGCUCUGAAUGUGGGAAGGCAUUCACUAGCUUAUACGGCCAACAAAGACACCAGUCAAUUCAUACUGGGGAGAAACCAUUCACCUGCUCAGACUGUGGUAAGGGAUUCCCUGUUUCCUCUGAGCUGAAACUACACCGGCGAAUUCACACUGGGGAGAGGCCAUUCACUUGCUCUGAAUGUGGGAAGGCAUUCACUAGCUCAUCCAGCCUACAUAGACACCAGUCAGUUCACACUGGGGAGAAACCAUUUACCUGUUCAGAUUGUGGGAAGGGAUUCCCUCACUCAACUCAACUGAAGCAACACCAGCGAGUUCACACUGGGGAGAAACCAUUUACCUGCUCAGAUUGUGGGAAGGGAUUCCCUCACUCAACUCAACUGAAGCAACACCAGCGAGUUCACACUGGGGAGCGACCGUUCAUCUGCUCUGAAUGUGGGAAGGAAUUCAGUCAGUCAUCCAACCUUGUGACGCACUACCGAGUUCACACUGGGAAAAAUAUGAAGUAACUUGCCUGCUGGAUAUUUAACCAUGACGGUUGCUGAAUCCAGUGGCAAGUUGAAAAGUGACUUGAUGUUGAACUCAGCAAUUAUUGCUGCUGGUUAUCACACCCAGUUCUGCAGCUCGAUCACUGGGCACUGCAGGAGUUUCUUCUGCUGAUGUUCAACUGUAAUGGGUAUGGUGCUUAAUAUUCUGAAUCUGUGACAAAUAAAUCAGUUCUAUUUUAAACUCUGUCACAGCUCCUUAGUGAAUAUAAUACAAACCCCAUUUCCAGAAAAGUUGGGCUGUUUUCCAAAAUGCAAUAAAAACAAAAAUCUGUGAUAUGUUAAUUCACAUGAACCGUUAUUUAACUGACAAAAGUACAAAGAAAAGAUAUUCAAUAGUUUUACUGACCAACUUAAUUGUAUUUUGUAAAUAUACACAAAUUUAGAUUUUGAUGGCUGCAACACAUGCAACAAAAGUUGGGACAGAGGCUUGUUUACCAUUGUGUUACAUCACCUUUCCUUUUAAUAACACUUUUUAAUCGAUUUGGAACUGAGGAUACUAAUUAUAGUAGAUUUGCAAUUGGAAAUUUUGUCCAUUCUUGCUUGAUAUAAGACUUCAGCUGCUCAACAGUCCAUGGUCUCCGUUGUCUGAUUCUCCUCUUCAUGAUGCGCCAUACGGAUAGGAGAUUUUGUGGCGAAGAUUGGGAGUCUCAGAUGGUAUGUUGCUUCCCUGGUGCCGGGGUCCGAGACAUCUCAGAUCGGGUGCAGGUUAUUCUCAAGAGGGAGGGCAAGAAUUCAGAUGUUGUGGUCCAUGUAGGGACCAAUGACAUGAGUAGAAUGAGUGAGGGGGUCCUGCGUAGGGAGUUCAGGGAGUUAGGUGCGAAGCUGAAGAGCAGGACCUCGAGGGUAACAAUCUCAGGAUUGCUACCUGUGCCACGUGCGAGUGAGGCAAGGAACAGAAAGAUUAUACAGAUUAAUACGUGGCUGAGAGGAUGGUGCAGGAGGGAGGGCUUCAGGUUUUUAGAUAAUUGGGCUUUGUUCCAGGGAAGGUGGGAUCUGUUCCGAAGGGACGGUUUACACCUGAACUGGAGCGGU